UAACCUUUAGAGGGCCUGUGAGCAUGAAGGAGCUGCCUCUGUCUCUGCUGAGUCGGGGCUGUGGCCAGCUGGUGCCCCUCACAGAGGGCGGCCAUGAUGGAAGACUGGAGGUCUGUUUCGAACCUGAGGACUUUUUCUCCUGGAGGGCCCAGCCCCUGCUGCUGCACCUGUCGCGCAGUGGACGUCUCCUGGGAGGGGUGGGGGACCCUACGCCCCCCAAAACCUACAGCACCAGGAAGGGCCACCUCAUCUUGUACUCCGAGGACCUGGUUUCAAGCUCCAGCCAAUCAGUGGCCAACAGGAAGGGGCGAGGCUCCAAACAGGAAGCUGAGGUGCAGCUGCAUACACUGAGAGACCUGACUGGAGCCAUUUUGUCUUACAGGAGCAAGCAGCAGCCCAAGGAGGGCUCCACCACAGGCCCGGCUCAUCCCCUGCUCUCCCACCUCACACACGCCUCACACACACACCUGAGCUCCGUCCGACGCCCUCCACUGGACCGGCUCGCCCAGCUGACAGAGAGAUUUGACGAGGGCUACAGCAGCGGACAGCAACCCCCGACCCCUGCGCCCCCCCCUCAAGUCCCUUACCGCCCCCUCUUUCUCUGUUCGCCCCGCCCAAGCCACGCCCCACGCGAACCCCUUCCACCAAUCACAGAGGGCCUGCUUAGCCAACGGGGAGAUGGGGGAGGUUACCUUCAGAAAGGGAGACAAACAGCAACUCAUCAUCACCAUUCAACACCCAGUAAGUGUAGCUUCCCAUCCAUCCUCCUCACAUCCUUACUCAGUCUCUAAGUAAAGUUUAGUUUCACAUCCAUCAUCACUCAGUCUCUAAGUAAACG